GAUUAAUUUGGGGAAACUUGACAUCUUAAUAGUAUUGAGUCCUCUCAUAGAAGAAUUUAUUAGUCUUCUUCAAUUUCUCUCAGCAAAUUUUGUGGUUAUCAAUGUACAGAUCUUGCCAUAUUUACUCCUAAGUAUUUCAUACAGGUGAUGUUAUUAUAAAUGUUUUUUUUUCAAUUUCCAAUUCUUUGUUAUUAGCAUAUAAAACACAAUAAUAUUUCUGUAUAUUGCUCUUGUAUCCUGCAAACUUGCUUAAAUCACUUGUAACUCUAUUAGCUCUUUUGAUUUUUUUUUUAAUGUUUUUAUUUAUUUUUGAGACAGAGAGAGACAGAGCAUGAGCAGGGGAGGGGCAGAAAGAGAGGAAGACACAGAAUCCAAAGCAGGCUCCAGGCUCUGAGCUGUCAGCACAGAGCCCAACACGGGGCUCGAACUCACGGACUGUGAGAUCACGACCUGAGCUGAAGUCGGAUACUUAACCGACUGAGCCACCCAGGUGCCCCUCUAUUAGCUCUUUUGUAGAUUCCACUGGAUUUUCUACAUAACCAGUCAAGUCGUCUAUAAAUAAGGACAGUUUUACUUCUUCCUUUUCAAUCUGGAUGCAUUUUGUAUUGAUUGUUGUACAUGCAAGAUUUUAAUUGUAGAGGUGACUGAGUGAUGACACAGAGCUAAUGCCAUUGAAGGAAAUUUUCUAUAAUUUUUAUUUCCUAAGAGAAGGGAAAACGCCAUGUCAUUAGAGGGCCACCUGGGGAAACACUAGAGGAGGUAGAGGCAAGAACAAGCAGAAAGCAUAGACCACAGACUUAAUCGUGUUUUCACCAGGCAAGACAUGGCAAAGAAGGGGAAACAGCUUAGGAUUGGUGGGCUUUGGGCUACAACUGCUAUCGCUAGUUGCCUGAAAUCCAGCACAGGGUUGACUCAGGGCAGAAGAAAUAUUGGCCUGGUGUGUGAAAGUGAGAUAAAGGAAGUGGUUUAGAGUAUGGGCCCCAUGGGUUAGUUUGCGUAUGAGAGACAUGCUCCUAGGAAAGCCCUUUGCAAGUUCUAAGAAUAGGCUAGCCUUGGGAGGGGCCAUCUCUCCCCAGACAGCAAGGCCACAAGUGCCAGAGCAUCAAGAAUGCAGACAAUUAAAAAAAAAAAAAGUUAAUACAAUUGCCAUGUGAUGAAUGAAUGCCAAAUACAUAAAUACAGAUUCUCAGAAAACACAGAACAAUUUUACCUAUUUGUCUUGCCUUAUUGCAUGAGCUAGAAUGUCCAUCACAAUGAAUGGGGGCAGUGAGAGCAGACCUCUUUGCCUUACUCCUGAUCUUGGGGGGAAAAGAGGAGCAGGGUGAGGUGCCAUGGACGGGGAAGGGACUGGAACAGUGACAGAUGUGGCCAAUGAAGAAGGGAGAACAGAAACUUAGUAGAACUUGGAGGAAGAUCUAAGGCCGUAUUCUCAAAUUGUGAUCCACAGCUCAUAGUCCUCACUCUGUCCCUGCUUCUGAUCACACUCCUGACCCCUCCCCCACAGCCACCUCCUGGGCUAAAAAGCUGCAUUUAGGCUCUGCCCAUCCAGGACAGGGAGGAUGCUACCAGGACAGGGAGGAUGAACAAACACAAAGACCACACACCAUCUGUGAGCAGAAAUCAUGUCUCCUAAUUUCAAGUCUCAUAGGGAUCCCACUGGGGCCAGGGGCUUGAACAUGGCAUGGAAUGUGCAGCUUGCAUCUAGGGAAAUCGUAUAUGGGAGAGGCAGGGCCUGAGGCACCCGGGCGACAGGUACUCUGCCAAAGUGACCCAGAGCCUGUUGAGUAAACAUGCCACGCUGCCCAACAGAAGGGGCUGGGGCACCCCCUAGUGGGGUCCAGCCCCCUCCUUGGGUGACCUGGCAAAGAAGAGACUGUCCAGCCAGGUUCCACAGCCAGGGAGGUAAGGUGGGGAUAAAAUUCAGGUGUUACCCCUCAGACAGGGCAGGUCACCCUCUAGAGGAACUGCCAAAAAGGCAGCCGGUCCCUUGUCCUCUCUUCUGUCCACCUUUCCAGCUGUCACCAUUCACCCAAAUGUCUUUCACAGCCCAGUGGACUCCAUGACAUUAAGGCUGCUUCCUGAUGGUGCCUCAGUUUCCUAUGGCGAAAAUAGAAAAACAACAAAUCCACCACCCAAUGUUGUAGGGCUGAAAAUGAGGCAAUGGAUGUUUAGGGCCUGGCUCAGAGAAGGGGAUUCCAUGAAAAUGCAGAACCUGUCUCCUGGGGCCUAGGAGGAAGUACAAGAAAUGCAGACACAGGGACAGGGCAGGGGCUGCCUGGAAGGCCCUGGGAGAAGCGUGGGGGAAAAUUAGGACUGAGGAAGCAACUGACAAAGGAAGCUGGUCUUCUUGCUUCGGCCUCCAGAAGAUGGGGCCACUUCCUGUGAUGAAAUCAUGUUCUCCAAUCCCCACCAUCUACUGAGUAAGCCAAUGCCAACCUCAUUCUGGGGAGGGAGGGAGCUGAGCCUCCUAAAACCAGCACAGAGAGUCACCAAUGGUCUCAGCCCCAGUAUCUCGUCCCCACCCACCAGCAGUCACAGGCUGGCAGUGCCCUCGAUUGGAGACAGUCCAGGGACCGUCCGGAGGGUGACUCAUUACUGUUCUGGGCCUUAUUUCCCCCCUGCUCAAGGAAGGCUCCCAAUUAGCCAGGGCUCUCACAGCUGUGGAGGGAAUGACCUAAGGAGCAUUAUAAAAAUACAGCCUCCUUGGGCUUACCCUCCAGAAGGGAGCCGAGGCCCAAGGUUGUGUGGUGCAACUUGGUGGGAGCAUCCAGAAGGAGCAGAAGGCUCUGUGGACGCAGCAAGACUGGAGUUUGAGUCCUGGACCUGCCUCGAAAGUCACGUGACCUGAGGCAGGGCUUCUCUGAGCCCUUGGUCUCCUCAUCUGUGGAGUGGAGGACAGAGGGGCCUGCCGAUCCAGUCUUGCCUCCUGUGGGUCAAGGCAUGGGCUCCAGAAGGCCCACCCUCACCUCUUAACCCCAGGGAUGGUGUGAGACUGCACAAAAGGAGCUGACCAGGGGAGGGAAGGAGCCUGGUAGGCCUGGGUCCUGGGCAGGGGAACCCCUGCUGGGAGGGAGAGCGGCCAAGUGCAAGUUGGGUGUCCUUGGUGCCCGGUGCUGGGGUCGAGGCCAUCUGAUCACCAGUGGGUCCCUCCUCCUUCCUCUGGGGAGGCAUUAGCUGGGCAGAGACUCAUGGCUGCUUGUCCUCUGGCUGGAAGAGCCAAACUGGUCCUGCUGCAGCCCCUUCACCUGGAUGACAGAAAGAGGCCAGGAGAUGCCGAGAGCCAGUGAGAAGGAGAGCUGGAGAGACAGAGACUGACUCCUGAGGAGAGGUGGCCAGGAGCUGAGAUGGAAGAGGCGAGGCCACAGAUGGCCAAGGUGUGGGGUGGCCAUGUGAAGAAAGGCCAUGAACUAUGGCCCUCCAUGUGAAGAAAGAAGUUGGGGGCCUUUCUCACGGCUCCUGUGCACUGACCACAAGGGAGGCGCUUUUGCAAUGUAGAAAAAGAAGAAACCAGAUUGAUAAAGGAAGUGCUGGGUACUCCGGGGGCCCGCGAGUUUGGGGAAGCUCACCCUCCCUUGCUCUUCCGAAGGAACCUGAUCCACGCUUUCCACGUUCCUCUGGACUCCCCGAGGAGGCACCUCUGUAGGGCCUGCCCUCUGGCCUUGACAGAGCUGCUUGGCUUCUCCUCUCCUGGGAGGAGAGUGAGACCAUGGGUCCGUCCCUGCUGCUGUCCCUGCUGCUGCUGCCGGCAUCUCUGCAGGCUGGCAGCUCAAAAGAAUGCAACCCAAACACUGACUUUGGGAUCAACCAACCAGCGUCUCUCUCAGCCCCCGAGGGUGGUUCCACCUGCAUCUCUUUCUCCUACUUCCACUGCUGGGAGUUAGCCAAGGAUCCCAGACUGAGUAUAGCCGUCAAACGGAGAGACUUCCAUGGAGAGGUCAUCUACAACAGCACCCAGCGUUUUAUCCAUAAGGAUUACAAGAACCGGAUCUCCCUGGACUUGAGAGAGGGUCAGAACUCCGGCACCCUGUGUAUACGGAACCUGCGGAAAGAAGAUGAGAAUAGGUACUUUUGCCAGGUCCAAGUGGCAACGCUAAGAGACGGCAAACAGGUGUGGCAGUCCAUCCCAGGGACCAAACUCACCAUUACCGGCGCUGCCCAGAUGACCACAAUCACCAAGGGCCCUACCACCACUGUCACCACCACCACAAGGGACAUGAAUAUGGAAACCAUGGUCAAGGUGGCACUGCCCAUUGCUGUGUUCAAAACUGCAAUUUUGGGACUGGUUGUCUACCUCUGGUGGAAGAGAAGCAAAGGAUGAAGUGCAGGAUGACAGCAGCAUCCUCUAUGCCUCCUUCACCCUCUGCAGCUCCUC